UCACAUCUGCUCCUGUUCCGGGUCUGGUCUGCAGGCUGUGAUGCAUUUUCAUACAGCAUUUUAUUUUAUCCCUCCUCCUCGUCUUCUGUCAGCGACAGGGCGUAUUCGCAUUCAGAAGGAGGUUGAGUAAAGUAAAGCUUGAGUGGAAGGAGUGGGAGGGCUUCUCCGUGUUUUCGAUGGGAGGAAAGCAGUGAAGAGCCACGCCGCCCACUGAAAACAAGCCAAAGCGCGCACCAACACUUUCGCCACCGCUGCUGGUUGCCCCGUUCAAACGCACGGAGGAGCGGAGCGGAGCAGACAGUCGCUGUCAGACGGAUAGACGGAGGAACCUACAAAAGAUGAAGGACCAUGCUGCCGUUGAAAUGUUGUGAUAUCACUGUGAAGUCGUGGACAGUGGUGAAUCACAAAAAAUCAGAGCCAGCUGUACUUUUCUUCACUUUUGGAGUGGUCAAACUAUAUUUCUAGAUCUGUUUGAUUAAAUUACCAUUACCUGCCAAUGAUCAAGCCUGAAAUGGAGACGCUUUCCCAGGACUCCAUACUGGAGUGCCAGAUCUGCUUUAACUACUACAGCCCACGGCGGCGACCCAAACUCCUGGAUUGCCGGCACACAUGUUGCUCAGUCUGUUUGACCCAGAUGCGCAGCAGCCAGAAAGAGAUCCGCUGUCCUUGGUGCCGUGGCGUCACCAAACUGCCUCCCGGCCUGUCUGUCUCUCAGCUCCCAGAUGACCCGGACAUAAUCACGGUCAUUGCCAUCCCUCAUGCCUCUGAGCACACACCAGUUUUUAUUCGUCUCCCUAGCAAUGGUUGCUAUAUGCUGCCCCUGCCCGUAACCAAGGAGCGGGCACUCGGCCUGCCGGGGGAGCUAGGAUGUCGCUUCCUGCCUGGCGGGCAGCAGAAGGGGGUGACCGUAGUGACCGUGCCUGAGCAGCAGCCUCUGGGCUUGGCUAUGGGUCUUGAGAGUGUGGGGCUAGAGGGAGGUGAGGGAGAGAGGCGAGUCACGGGCCCGGUGGGAGGAGGGAAGGGCUCAACAUGGUCUGGCGUGUGCACAGUGAUCCUGGUGGCAUGUGUGCUGCUCUUCCUUCUGGGCAUUGUGCUGCACAACAUGUCCUGCAUCUCCAAACGCUUCACUGUAAUCUCUUGCGGCUGAGGGAGGCUGUCUGGACUGCUGUGGACCCUCCGUUAGCCCUGCCUCUCCUCAGGGCUGGACUCUCUUGAGGACUGGGGGCUAAAAUACCAUCAUGGGCAUUUGAGGAAACAAAAGAGCAAAGCAGAGAAACACUGAUGAUAAACAAGAGGGCAAUAAGAAAAUCCACAAACUGCUCUGCCACUGUGUUCUUCUUUUUGUUUUUUGAUUUGGGGACUGACAUUUAAAUGGAAACAUACUUUCAGAAAUUCACUUUCCUCUCUUCCAGGAACGCUCUGCUGGUCUGAAUCUCUCACCCCGUUAUGUUCUUUCUACAUUUCCUGAAAGGAUGUUUUGAAAAUCACUUUAGAUGCAUUGUAGACAGUUGCAUUGAGCCUGUCACAGUGGCUGGAUUUCUUGUUUAGUCUGUUGUUAAGUACACAAGUUAAUGUAGUGUUGAUUAGCUGAGCUGCGGAAUAAGCGUGGUGUGUCUAGCAGUGCAGAGUCUGGACUCUCAGUUCUCAGAUUCUACUGGAGCGAACUCUGCAGAAUCCACAUCUGUCCCCUAAUAAUCUGGGGAACUUGGAAUCAACAUGCCUUUUUUGUGUUUGAAUUCAAAAACAUGUUAAGAACGAACUGUGGAAAUUAUUAAUCCACAUAGUUUGUGAGGGAAUUCGCACGUCAGCGUAUUAUACAGCUGAACUCCACACAGGUAGUGUUGACUUGCUUCAUAGGGCUGUAAUAGAAUGAGUUAGUACUAAAAUGUCUGCUGAUUACUUGAUUUGAACUUAUUUGAUAAAGCCAUUAGUCAAGUAAAAAUGUGUUGGUUUCAGCCUCCCGAAUGAAAGAAGUUGAUCGCUUUUUUGUUUUUUGAUUUCUACUGUGUUUUUGAUCCAUUUGCACAAAAUAAGCAAUUUUAUGUUUUUACUUUGGGUUGCAGAUGUUUUUUGUUUAUUGGCUUAGUUGACCAAAGGACAAGUUAGGAUUAUCAUAAUUUG